UCGAGUCACGUCAACGUCGAAUCAACUCACCUCACCUCAUCUCGCGCUUCUCUCUGUCUCUCUUCCCCUCCCUCCCUCAUCCUCUCUCUCUCACUCUCUCUCUCAGAGUACAGUACCGAGGCAGGCAGCAGCAGCCAUGGGUUCGGAAGACGACCAGCAGAAGCCCGUCAUCAUCGUCGGCGGCGGCCUGGCCGGCCUCGUCGCCGCCUUUGAGCUGGCCGAGCGCAAGGUGCCGACGCUCAUCAUCGACCAGGAGAACGAAAACAACCUGGGCGGCCAGGCUUUUUGGUCGCUGGGCGGCCUGUUCCUCGUCAAUUCCUACUACCAGCGCCGCAUGGGCAUCAAGGACUCGCGGGAGCUGGCCAUGCGCGACUGGCUGGGGUCUGCGCAGUUUGACCGUGACGAGGACUACUGGCCGCGGCAGUGGGCAAAGGCCUUUGUGGACUUUGCCACAGACGAGUUUGAGGAGUACGUCAGGGCCCGCGGGCUGGGCUUCCUCUUCAACGUCGGCUGGGCUGAGCGCGGCGAUGGAAGAUCCGACGGCCAUGGAAACUCGGUGCCGCGCUUCCACAUUGCCUGGGGAGCUGGGCCCGAGGUCGUCCGCAUCUUCGCGGAUCCGGUGAAAAAAGCCGCGGAAGAAGGGCUGGUGCAGUUCAAGUUUCGGCAUCAGGUUGAUGAGCUCAUCGUGGAUGGGACGGGACGGGCCGUUGGCGUCAAGGGCAGCAUUCUGGAGGACGAUGACUCGGCGAGAGGCGUCAAGACGACGCGGACCGUUGUCAACUCCUUUGAGCUCUACGGCUCUGCCAUCAUCGUCACCUCGGGUGGCAUUGGAGGCAACAUUGAGGCCGUGAAGCGGAACUGGCCUGUGGAGAGGCUGGGGCCAAAGGUACCCGAGCACUUUGUCGUCGGUGUGCCCGCUCACGUCGAUGGCCGCAUGCUCCAGAUCUCGGAAAAUGCUGGUGCCAACAUUGUCAACCGUGACCGCAUGUGGCACUACACUGAGGGUCUGCAGAAUUGGGAUCCCAUCUGGCCCGGGCACGGCAUCCGCAUCCUGCCAGCGCCUUCGUCUCUGUGGCUUGACGCCAAUGGUAAACGCUUCCCGCCAUACUUGUUCCCGGGAUCUGAUACCCUCAGCACGCUCAAGGCCAUCUGUGCGACCGGCUACGACUACAGCUGGUUCAUUCUUGAUCAGUCCAUCAUUGCGCGUGAAUUCGCCCUCUCGGGCUCGGAGCAGAACCCAGAUCUGACUGCCAAGAGCAUCUGGGAGGUGUUCAAGAACAGAAUCUUUAGCAAGAAGGGCACGGUCAACGUGCAAUUGUUCCAGGAAAAUGGCAAAGACUUUAUUGUCCGGGACACCCUCAAGGAGCUGGUGACUGGCAUGAACGAGCUGGCAAAGGAGCGGAAUGGCCCUGUCCUGGACUACGACAAGGUCAAGGAGGUUGUUGACGCUCGUGACGACCAGUUCAACAACACCUACUCAAAAGACGCGCAGGCCAUGCUCAUUCACAAUGCGAGAACGUACUGGCCGGACAAGCGUAGCCGUGUUGCGGCACCUCACCGCCUGCAAGAUCCUGCCCACGGCCCCUUGAUUGCCGUUCGACUCAACCUGCUCAGCCGCAAGACACUCGGCGGUCUCGAGACUAACCUCAACAGCAACGUCAUGAAGAAAGACAUGACGCCGUUCCCGGGGCUCUACGCUGCCGGUGAAGUGGCGGGAUUCGGCGGUGGAGGCGUUCACGGUUACAACUCGCUCGAGGGAACGUUUCUGGGAGGCUGCAUCUUUUCCGGCCGCACAGCUGGGCGAGCUGUAGCAGACGAGUUGUCCGAAGUCGUCAAGGAGUGAAAACCCCACAACUUAAUGCGAGAAGCGGAAUAAACGGCAAGUGGAGGAGUUGGCAUUCUUGAUUUUUAGUGUUAAGGCUAUGGCUAUUCUAUUGAUUUCAAUGAGACCAAUGACAUACAUGUGUUCACGACACGGCGUGCGUAUUUUUCCUAUUUGACGGUUUCAUCAUCUUCCCAUUGCUCUAGUUCCGAGAAAGAGGCAUCGAUUAUGUAGUUAGAGACUUGGAGUCAUCCAGGGACCAGGGUGUUACGAUGCUAGGCUAAAUAUCUGAUUGGUGGAACAUUUCGCAAAGCAACUGCUUCGGAAG